ACAACUCAAGGACAAAAUUGCAGAAGACCCGAAAUGAGGAAGUACCGGUGUGGUUAUAUUAGACCAAAGGCUUUAUUAUGGAGGCGUUAUUUUUGCAUAUGAGGUCAGAGGGACUGACGUUUUGAGGGUAGUCUCAGGUUUGUGUGUUUACUUAGAGCCCACCGUGUUCUGAACUCUUUUUCAUCCCAGGUCUGUGUUUUUAAAGGGGCAGCCCCAGUUUACUUGUAAGUCAUCAUGGCGGAUUCAAGCUUUAACGACCUGACAUCCCUGGCCCGGGCAUUGUCACAGCCGUCAUUAGACCUUUUUGAGUCGAACGAUGUCAGUCCUUCGAGAAGUGUUCAGCUUCAUCCGUGUCGAAGGAGAAAGUUGUCGAGCUGUAAUUCGUUGGAGUCCAUUGAACCGCUCGCUUCUCCCUCCGCCGAAGCACGAGUCCUGGUCAUCAACACUGGAGGAACCAUAGGGAUGACACUCAGAGACAGUGGUGUUCUUGCACCAAAAGCCAAUGCUUUCGUGAAGAGCCUGCGUAAGCUGCCUAUUCUCCAUGAUGAGAUGUAUGCCCAGCAGACCUGCCUGUAUGACUAUUAUGGAUCUGAGAACACCCUGGUGCUGCCACUGAGUGAAAACAGUAAGAGGAUAGUCUACACAGUUUUAGAGUACAGUCCUCUGCUGGACUCCUCCAAUAUGACCACAGAUGACUGGGGUAAAAUUGGAAAAGACAUUGAGAAAAACUAUGAAAACUAUGAUGGUUUUGUCAUCCUCCAUGGCACAGACACUAUGGCUUACACAGCCUCUGCCUUGUCCUUUAUGUGUGAACAUCUGGGCAAACCAAUCAUUCUUACCGGGUCACAGGUGCCGAUCUAUGAGAUGAGGAAUGAUGGUAGAGACAACCUGUUGGGGGCGCUGCUGAUUGCUGGUCAAUUUGUUAUACCUGAGGUGUGCUUGUAUUUCUACAACAAACUAUACAGAGGGAAUCGUUCCACCAAAGUGGAUACUGGGAGUUUCAAUGCAUUCUCCUCUCCUAAUUUACCUCCACUGGCCACUGCUGAAGUCGACAUUUCAAUCAACUGGGACACAGUGUGGAGAGCAAACACCACAGCAAAGUUUCAAGUGAGCACUGAGUUAAACAGGAACGUGGGCCUGCUCCGACUGUUCCCAGGGAUCACCGCUGCUACUGUGAGGGCUUUCCUACAGCCGCCCAUGCAGGGAGUGGUCCUGGAGACAUACGGUAGUGGAAAUGCUCCUGAUAACCGCCGCGACCUGCUAGAGGAGUUGAAAAAGGCCACUGAUGCUGGUGUUAUUAUCAUCAACUGCACACAGUGUCUCAGGGGGACUGUGUCUACAUCUUACGCCACUGGGAAGGUACUGAUAGAUGCAGGCCUAAUAGCUGGUGGUGACAUGACCCCUGAGGCUGCCCUGUCAAAGCUGUCCUAUGUGUUGGCAAAGCAGGACCUGGAUUUAGAUGCCAAGAAAAAGAUGAUGAGUGAAAACCUUCGAGGUGAAAUGAAUGCAGACCUAGCAGGAGCCAAGCUGUGUCUGAGUGACAGCCGUUUCAUCCAGGUUAUCGCCAAAUCUCUGAGCAUCAGCUGCAAAGAGGAGCUAGAAGCUAUACGUGACGCCCUGACUCCACCGCUGGCAUGUGCAGCUGCUAAGAUCGGAGACAUCGAAGCACUAGAGGCCUUGAAGGAAAUGGGCAGUAAUCUGUCUUUGGGCGACUAUGAUGGACGUACACCCCUACAUGUUGCCGCCUGUGAGGGUCACCUUAAAGUGGUGCAGUACCUCCUUGGCCAUGGAGCGACAGUCUAUGCUAAAGAUCGUUAUGGGAGCACACCCAUGUGCAAUGCUGUACGCUUUAGACACAAGGAUGUUGUGAAACUGCUGCGAAAAACUGGGGCCCACUUCUCUAGGGACGAAUUGGAAGAAGCAGGAGUUGAACUGUGCAGCCUGGCAGCCAGCGGUGACCUGGAGGGCCUGGAAAUAUGGAGCCUUGCCGGAGCGGAUCUGAAUAAACCAGGCUAUGAUGGACAGAAGGCAAUUCAAGUGGCCCAGGCUGUUGGCAAAAAGGAAGUCGUUGCAUUUUUAGUCCAGCUCAUGAGCAAUAGAUCCAAGACAGUUUUUGGUGACUUUAAUGAGUAUGAUGAAUAUGAUGAUGAUGAUGAGGUAAAUGAUGCGGCAAAGCAUGUGUUUAUAUUUUCCAUUUUAUGCAUGAGAUUUCCCUCAGCAUGGCUGCUUGACCUUCCCUCCCUGUCUGUAGGUUUGAGUCCAUCCAGCUGGUUUUAUUCAUUAUUAUCUGGAAAUUUGAAAGUAGUGGUGUCUGUGUGUUGACCAAUGAGACUGUAACACUCUUGAUUUAAUAGAAGACACAAAUAUAAAAGCCAUAUUAGAUGGAAAACAUCAGGGAAACAAACAAGUGUCAUAUAAUCCAGACAAGUGGUUUGGUUUUACAUGAUGAUGAACCAGCUCUUAUUCUUUCUACAACUGUAGUGAAUGGAAGUACACAUGAUUUCACAUUUUCCUUUGUUUACUUUCUGAAUUUUUUGUUAAAAUUUGCAAUACAUUUGGAUGGAAACCCACCUUAUCCCUUAUAUAGAAAGACACACUGUUACAACAAAAGCCAAUAACCUAUCAUUUAAUGACACCAUAAAAGGAAAACAACAGAAAACAUAGCCGAACCACACUGUUGUCCAUAAAGAUGGAAUAAAAUACAUAAACCUCUUCUCAUAAAAUGAUUGUGACAGUGUGAUUUCUUCUUGAUAGAUGAAGUGUAACUGGUAAGUAACCAUUUCAUCUGGUCAAAGGCAAUUAUUAAUGUGUGUGUGUAGAUUGGAAUAAAAUGAGGAAUGUGUCUGAAAACAGAAUUAUUCCAACUUUAUGGACAAGUAGCAGAAACAACUGUAUCUAUAGGGUAAUAUAGAAACAUAAACACAACCAAGAUGAAACCAUACAAGUGAAUUAAAAACAAUCAGACCAAUGAAAUAUAAUUAUAUUAAGUCUACCAAUACAUCUUUCCAUUUUCCAAAUAAAACCAAGUAAAUGUAAUGACAAAGUUUAAGCAGAAAGGAUCCAGCAGGGGUUCAUAUCCAGUUAACGGCAUUAAACACACAGCUUUUAUAUGCAAUAUUAAACACAAAACGACUAAUAUACUUUACCAGGGAUUUUACAAUAAUAGGAGAAAAAUAAUAAAAAUAGACAAGUAUAAAGAAACAAGAAUAAAAGUAGCACAAAAGACACACAGGCAUCACGCAUACAGUUUGUCUUGAGAAGGAGUAAAUAUGAGUUGCAUAUAAAAUCAGCUUGCGUCAGAGCUACAUCAGAUCUAGUGUAGUCACCUUAUGAAUGCAUUUACGCUUGCCAACUUCCUGUGAAUCUGAAAUCUGUGCAGUCCACUCAUUCCAGGACACCCCCUGUGUGUGUUUGUUUGUAGUCAAUAAUGUUGAAAUGCUUGUGAUCCCCCCAGUGCUGUGUAGUAAUUGUGUCUCUUUCUAUGUGUGUG